UCGCCACAUGCAUCCCUCUCCAUGUGUGCCUUUGUGCCGACCUCCCUCGGACACCCCAAUCCCCUCUCCUUCGUGCUCUUCCCUUGCGCUUCCCCCUCGUCGUUGGCCGAUGGAACACCUUGAUGAUGCCGGGCUGGUCGGGCUCGGCGAGCGCGAGCUUGUGCUCAUGCGCCACCUGCUGGGCGAGCGCCUGGCCGCGCUGGUGGCCGCGGAGAAGCCCGGCACCGGGGACACGGCCGCCCCGCCGGCCGGGGCCGGCCACUGGCGCGGGACCUUCCGUCGCCACCUGGCCGGGCGCAUGCGCCGCCUGGGGGCCGAGGUGGCCCGGCAGCAUGCCCUCAGCCCGGGGGCCCUGCCGGAGCCGCUGGCCGGGGCCGAUCUCGCGGCCUGCCGCCGGGCGCUGGAUGCCCUGCCGACGGCCCGGCGCGCGGGGUCCUCGGCCGGGCCGCGAGACCGCCUGCGUGCCCUGGCGGAGGGGCUGCUGCAGCCGGCCGGCGGCCUGCGCUCCGGCGAGGCACUUGCCCGGCUGCUGAAUCCCCCCCCGGCGGCCGACGACCCGGAGCACACGGUGCGCACGGUGCCCGGCGGCGGCCCGGACGAGGCGUGGGCCUUUGCGCUGCUCUGCCUGGACCUGGUGCUGGGCCUGGCCCGAGUGCUGGGGGGGCUGGCCGCGCGGGCGGGCCCGGGGGCCGGCGACGCGCGGCUCUCCGGCCGCGAGAUGCUCCUGGCACGGAAUGCCAUCGAGUCGGCCCUGGUCCUGGGGGCGUACCCGGGGCUGCCGCCCGGCGGGGCGCUGCCGAUCGCCGACCGGAGCCGCUACUUCUCCGUGGCCUCCAUGAUCUUCGGGCUGCCGCCGGCCGAGGAGCCGGCCUCCUUCUAUGGCUGGCUGGCUGAGCUCGGGCCGGGCCGGGGCCUGGGGCACUUGGCCCUGGUGGCCGCGGCCCUGGGGCACCUCCUUCCCCCGUCGGUGGAUCGCGAAUCUCCCGACCACGACAUGGAUGCCCCGUCGGCCCUGCUGGCGCUGACCCUGGGCGACGUGGUGUGGCGCCGGCACUCGACGGAUCUGGUGGCCCUGUGCGCGUCGCUGGCGGCGGCGGCCCCUUUGGACGGGCUGACCCGGCGCCUGGCGUCCGUGCGGGCGGGCGACUCGCUGCUGCCGGUCGACCGGGCCCAGCUGGCCAGCAUCGGGGCCGAGGUGUCGACGCCGGCCGAGCGCGACCUGGCCGGGGCCGUGGCGGCCAGCCUGUCGAGCGCCCUGCUGGCUGGGCUGCCCCCGCGAUCGCUCAUCGAGUCGGCCCAGAGGCUGAUGGCGUCGGUCCCGACGCCGGGGGCCCCGCUGCGCCGGCCGAACACCGGCGGCGACAUCGACCGGUUCUCGCGUGCCCAGGUCCGCGGGUACCUGGGGCACUUCCUGUCGCGCGUGCUCAUCCGCCCGGACGGCGUGUCGGCCACGCUGAGCUCCAUCCUCGAGGGGCUGGACAUUGACCGCACCUCGCAGGUGGACCAGGCCGUCGGCCUGGUGUCCACGCCGCCCUCCUUCCUGGCGCGGCAGGACCCGGCCGUGUAUGCGGCCUUCGUGGUGCCGCAGCUGCUGGAGCUCCUGACCGUGGAUGUGGCCGACGAGCAUGUGUUCUUCGCGUUGGACGAGGCGCCCGCGUCGGGCCCGGUGUCCGAGGCGCCGCUCGACACCCUCGGGGUCCGGCGCAUCCCGUAUGUCGUGUCGCAGAUCCUGACGCGGCUGGCUGGCCGGGCCGCGCACCCGGCCCACCCGGCCGGCCCCUGCCAGCCGGAGGGCUUUGCCCUGCCCGGGCCGGUCUUCCAGGACUUCGUGGUGGAGCCGCUGACGGGGGCCGCCCUGCGCGGGGCCGCCAGCCCGGGGGGCACCGGCCGCCCGGCGCCGGUCCCGGCCGAGGGCAUCCCCCUGGUGGCCAGCACCCCGGAGGCCAUGCUGCGCGGGCUGGAGCGCCUGUUUGCCUCGCUGCUGGCCGAUCGCCGGGCCGGGCUGGUGCCGCCCGGGCUGGCGGCCCUGUGCGGGCACUUCCUCCCGGCGGUGGCCGCCCUGGCGGUCGUGUACCUGGUGGUGGAUGUGCAGGCGGCGCCCCGGGGGCCGGCCGUGCGGGCGGUCCUCCCCCCGGGGGCCGGGCCCGAGGCCACGCUCGGCCGCUUGGAGGGGCUCCUCCGUGUAUUCGGGGAUCUGCUGUUGGCGGCGCCGGUGGCCGGCCCCGGGGGCCCGGAGCCGGAGCUGUCCCUGGCCGGGGCCCUGGACUGGGCCAUCCGCCAGGCGGGCCGGCUGCUGGCCGGCUGCCAGCCCGAGCCGGCCGGGGGCUUUGUGUCGGUGCCGGGCGACUCGCAGCCGCCCGGGCUGUCCGGGCGCCGGGGGUCCUUUGCCCGGGUGCCGGCGGGGCACAUGCAACUGGCGGCCGCGGCCCAGGAGCCGGCAUUCCCCCUGCUUGUGCCGGGGCAUUCCCGCGGGCCGGGCGCGAGCGAGGACGACCUGCUGGCCGAGCCGCUGGCCCGGCUGUCGCGGCUGCUGGACCGCUGUGUGCCGGACGCCGUGGGGGCCCACCUGGCCGAGCGCUCGCUGCGUGCCUCGCUCCUGGCCGAGGCCCAGGUGCCCGACCGGCUGGGCGCCCCUCCCGGGGACACCCUCUGGCCGGGGGCCCUGGACGAUGGGCCCGGCCGGGAGCCAUGCCUGGCUGGGCCGUGUGCUUGCCAGGGGCUGCCACUGGCCGCGUCGCAGGCCCUGCUGCAGCGCCACGCCACCGACCUCGGCACGCUGGCCUGGGCCCGGCUGCUGGUGGCCCUCUUCCCGGAGACGACACUGGCCGGCGGGGACGAUGUGGCCGCCGGCGGGGCGAUGGCCGGGCAGCUCCCCCGGCGCCUGGCAGCCGCCUUGCCCCUGGCGCGCGUGCUGCUGGACCAGCUGCGGCGAGACAUCCUCAAGCCGGAGGCCGUGGCCGGGCUCUUUGUCGAGCCGGCCGCCGGUGGCCAGGCCCUCGGCCGCGGCCUGGUCCUGGUCUGCCAGUUCCUGGAGCACGGGGCCUGCCAGCUGCUGAGCCUGGCCGGCGUGCCGGGCCCGGGGGCCGGUCGGGCCCCGUCGCCCGCUCCGGCGGCCGGGCCCCUGGCCGGACUCUUGCGCGUGGUGGCCGGCGACUCGGAUGAUGAGGCGUUGCCGGAGGCCGGGCCCGGGCCCCAGGACCCCGGCGGCGGCGGCGGCGGCCUGGAUGCCGACGGGCUCCGACAGCUGCUGGACACCAUCGGCCAGCUGGGCCGCCUGCUGGUGGAUGCCCUGGUGCUCGGGCGCGGCGGCGAGGCCGGGGCAGCUCCCGGGGCGGCCUCCGAGCCGGGGGCCGCCCCGGAGGAGCCCCUCCCGCCGCUCAGCCGGCUGCUGGCGGCCGACGCCGACCCGGCCAGCCAGGUGCUCGGGGUCCGCCAGCUGGAGGCCCGGAUGGUGGACGCCCUGCGCGAGGCCGGCCAGGCGGGCCCGGUCGGGCCGCGGGCCCUCUCCUCCGGGCUGGCCGUGGUGGGGCCCGACGUGGCGGCCGACCAGGUGCCAGCCCCCCGGCUCCGGCGGUAUGUCCGGUCCCUGUGUGCGUCGGCCCUGGCCAGCGAUGAGCCCUUUGUCUUCGGGGCGGCCAUCGGGGCCCUGCGCCGGGCUCUCGGCACCGGCCCCCGGGCCUGCUUGCCCCUGGUGUUCGAGAUCAUUCGCGACCCGGGGGUUGCCUUCGCCACGCGCCUGCGGCUGAUGGAGGCCCUGGAUGGGUUUGUGGUCCGGUACCGCGCCUCGCUGGAGGGGGUCUUCCCCGACGUCCUGGUUGCGCCCCUGCUGGAGAUGCUGCAGGAGCUGUGCGAGGCGGGCCCCGGCACCGGCGAAGCCCCCGGCUCGGACCGGGCUCUGAUGCUGGCGUCGGUCUUGUCGGUUUUGGCCGGCGUGACGGCCGCCGUUCCGGUGGCCUACUUCCCGGGCGGGACCCUGCGCGACCUGCUGGCCGCCCUGCGGCACAUCAUCCGGCCGGGCGACGGCCCCGACCGCGAGGAGGGCCCCCUCCUCCUCCUCCCGGAGCAAAGCACCCUCGACGAGCCGGAGCUCCUCCGGGUGGCAGCCAUCCGCCUGGUGACCGGCCUGCUGGCCGGCCUGCUGGGCCUGGAGGAUGGCUCGGCCUUCCGGCGCGCCCUGCUGGAAGAGGCUCGCGCCGGCUUCCGGGCGCUGUCCCUCCUGGGUGACAAUGAGCCGGACUCACUGGCCGGGGCCGAGGCCCAGGCGGCCGUGGAACACCUCCAGCACUUUGACAACCAUCUCCUCCUCCGGGACAUCCAGCUGGCCGAUGGCGGCGUGCCGGACAUCCUGAACCUACGCCUCCGGGCCCCGGGCGCCGGGAGCCCCAUCGUCCAGGAAGUUCGCCGGCGCAUGGAAUAGCGCGCAUGCACUCGCACCACAUGACAUAGACCUCGUCGCCUGUGGCGUUUUACCCCG